AAAAAUCUCCUUUUUUAUCCUCUUUCCUUCUAUUUCUCUCUCUUCAAGACAGGCAUUAAUAUAGAGCUAAAAUCUCUCUCCUCUUCCUGCCUUGCCCUUUCUCUCUCUCUAUUGAAAAGAAGCAGAAGAGAAACAGAAGGGAAAGAGACUGAGAUCUGACCCAUCUCUCUUCCCUUUGCCAAAACUCUUAAAAUUUUCUUUAGACCCUUUUUUUUUUGUCUAAAAGGGUCCUCUCCUCUCUUAAUCUGUCUAAAAGGGGUCUUCGGAUUUCAUUAGGUUGUUCACUUUUGUGAUUAAUGGGUAUUGAGGUUGUGGGAUCAGACAUGGCACAAGUAUCUGUUGACAAAGUAGCUGAAGUAGAGAAAUCAUUUCUGCAUGAUAAGGAAAAUGGGAAACUGGACAAGGAUCCAGUUCAUGACGAGCCAAUUAAAUUGGGUUCCCAUGGUGAGGAACCAGAUAAGGGAGAAGAGAUUAAUGCGUCUGAUGCCAACUUUCCAAAGGAUGCAGUUGACGAGUGGCCUGCACCUAAGCAGAUCCACUCCUUUUAUUUUGUCAGGUAUCGCCCUUAUGACGAUCCGAAGAUAAAACCCAAAAUUGAUCAGGCUGAUAAAGAGAUUCAAAAGUGGAAUAAAGCCAGGUUUCAGCUUACUGAGGACUUAAAAGUGAAGAGGUCAGAUCGAGCAGAGUUGCUUUCUCAAGUGAAAGCCCUGAAUAUCGAUUUUGAGCAAUUUAAGGCGAUUUUUGAUGAGAAAAAGAAGGAAAUGGAACCUCUGCAGCAGGCUUUGGGCAAGCUUCGAAAUAAUAACAAUGCUGGUGGUCGUGGUGGUAUAUGUUCAUCUGAGGAAGAGCUCAAUGAUGUCAUCCAUAGCUUGCAAUAUCGCAUUCAGCAUGAAAGCAUCCCAUUGAGUGAGGAGAAGCAACUCCUUAGAGAAAUCAAACAACUAGAGGGAACCAGGGAAAAAGUUAUUGCUAAUGCUGCAAUGAGAGCAAAGAUUCAGGAUUCAUUGGGUCAGAAAGAAGCCAUUCAAGAUCAGGUUAAACUUAUGGGUGUUGAUUUGGAUGGAGUUAGGAAGGAGCAGCAAGCACUCUGGUCCAAGAAGAAUCAAAUUAAAGAAAAGGUGAAGGCAAUAGACAUUAAAAUUGACUCUUUGCAGGAGGAGCUGACAGCUGUGAUCCAGAAGAGGGACAAAGCUUAUGAAACCAUUCAGGAAUUGAGGAAACAACGUGAUGAGGGGAAUGCUCACUUUUACCAGAGCCGUUCACUCUUAAACAAAGCCAAAGAGCUAGCUGCAAAGAAAGAUAUAAAGGCGCUUGAGGAGCUUUCGAUUGCAGAGGUUGAGAAGUUUAUGGCUCUCUGGAGUGGCAAGAAAGCCUUCAGGGAUGAUUACGAGAAAAGAAUUCUGCCAUCCCUGGACAGUAGGCAAAUGAGUAGGGAUGGUCGGAUAAGGAAUCCUGAUGAGAAACCACUCGUUGUACCAGAGGCACCGUUGCCUUCUGAAACUGAAACCAUUUCGAAAGCUGUUGUAAAACAACCAAAGGAAGAAAUCAAAUCCUCUCCCCAGCCAGAUACUAAACUCACUAAAAAGGUCCAGAAAGAUGCUGAGACCAAAGUAAUGGAGUCUAAAUCUUCUGCAGAGAAUGGUAUUGUAGCAGAGAAAGAGAUCUCUGGAUCAGGCAAGUUGCAAAAGGACACUUCUGCAGACGAGGAAGUUGAUGCAGCAAAACUGAAAGAAAUGAAGAGAGAAGAGGAAAUAGCAAAAGCAAAGCAAGCCAUGGAAAGGAAGAAGAAAUUGGCUGAGAAAGCAGCAGCCAAAGCAGCUAUAAGAGCUCAGAAGGAAGCUGAGAAGAAGCUGAAGGAGCGUGAAAAGAAAGCUAAGAAGAAGGCGGCAGCAUCUGCAACUGCUGCAAAUCCUGAGGAACAAACUGAAGAUGUAGCAGAGGCUUCAGAACCUGAGAAAGUUGAUGUUAAUGCUGAUGCUCCUGUACCUGCUCCAGUUCCAGUGAAGGAUAGAGUACAAAAGGAGAAUACUGUUAGGUACAGAAAUCGAGUUAAAGGACCUGAGUCACUCCCAAGAGCCAUCCUGAAACGUAAGAAGUCGACCAACUACUGGAUAUGGGCUGCUCCUGCUGCAUUGGUGGUGCUGAUACUUCUAGCGUUGGGUUACUAUUAUCUUGUCUGAAGAAGUUUACUUGAAUGGAACUGAGAAUUAUGGACAACUUUUUUGGUUGAUCAACAUGCAAGUAGCUAGGUCCAUAGUGGGAAAAUUUAGUUAAUUUUGUUCUUUGCAUCCCGUGUGGGAUGGACUAAAACCUCAUAAUGUUGCUGGUAGUUCAGUCCGAAUGCUUAUUGAGGCCAAAACUAUGUACUUAUGGUUUGGUUGGUUGUAUUUUUCAAAUUUUGACUUCUAUCAAUUUGAGAAGAUGCCAUGAGAAGCCUUUAUAGA